UCCCUCCCUCCCUCCCCCACUCGCGUCCCGGCCGCCUCCUUUCUUUAAUCAAAAAAUUCUUCCCGAAUUCUCAUCCAUCCCCACUAAUUCCACCGGUGAUCCCUUUCCCUAAUGCUAACGAUGAGCAGUCGCCGCGACUUCUCCACGCCUAACCCCUCUCCUCCCUUCCGCGCUUCUUCUUCCUCUCCUUCUCCUUCCUGGCGUUCCGUACUGAUUUGGUCGUCGCGCCUGGGUUCGAUUUGACCGCCCCCACCACCUGUCGUAUCCACCCGUGCAGCCGCUCGGGCUGUUCGUUUCUUGGUUCCUCGCUCAUCGGUUUUCUUGCGCUGGUUUAGGGAUUAUCGGGAGCAAUACUUGUCCAGUUCUGCACUCUGCGUACCAUGUGAACAAGUUUGAAGGUAGGGCCAUAGCUGGACUGCCGUGGAGCACAAUGAUCUUUACUAAGAUGCCACAUUGGGGAUUUUCAAAUAUAUAGAAAAGACAAGCUGAAGAAAAUCGACAUAGAUUUGUGACGGCCAAUACUGGUUAUGGAAGGUGCAUUAAUCAGAAGAAUUUGAGUCAAAGCGAGACAAUGACCAAAAUCAUGCUUUAACCGGACUUCACAGAGCCUUUACUGCUAUGGAGAUUUCAUCAAAUGAACCAUCAGAAGUAGAAAAUAUAAUUGGACAUGAAGAUGAUACAGAAUUAACACCUUGCGAAGGUAUGGAAUUUGAGUCUGAAGAUGCUGCAAGGGAAUUUUACAGCUUGUAUGCAAGACAUGCAGGUUUUCGAAUUCGGAUUAGCAGGUAUACCCGCUCCAGACGUGAUAAUUCAAUCAUUUCUCGUCGUAUUGUAUGCUCAAAGGAGGGAUUUCAUGAAACGCGUAACUGUGAAGGCCUCCACCCUGACCAAAAACAGCAAGAGCGGACAGGUACUAGAGUUGGUUGCAAGGCUAUGAUAAUGAUAAAAAAAUUUGGUCCUGGCAAAUGGGUAGUUACUAAAUUUGUAAAAACCCAUAAUCAUGGAUCAGUUCCACCAAGAAAACUUGAUAUUAGGUCAGCACAUCAGGAUCUUAAUCCAAUUGAAAAGCCACAUUCUACUGAGGUAAACCCUGUUGACGAGCCGGUUGAGGGUAUGGAGUUUGAUUCUGAAGAAGCCGCAAAAUUGUUCUAUAUAAAUUAUGCGAGGCUAAAUGGUUUUCGUGCACGUAUUAGCAGGUAUUGCCGUUCAAGGCGUGAUAAUUCAAUCAUUUCUCGUCAGAUUGUGUGCUCCAAAGAAGGCUUCCGUGAAGUUCGAGCCAAGAAAGAGAUCACAGACGAAGGAAAAACGAAGCGCCCAAGAAUGAUAACUAGAGUUGGUUGCAAAGCUAUGAUUGUAGUGAAAAAGAUGAACUCUGGAAAAUGGAUGGUGUCUAAAUUUGAGAAGGAGCAUAAUCAUUCGUUAUUAUCUUCUAAACAGGCCCCUAGUACAUCGAACAUUACUUCUGGAGAAAAUGCUGAAUCUGCUGCAAAGAGUUCAGAUCCUGAUGAAGCGAAGGUUGAGGAAUAUAGUGCAGGGAUUCAAUGUAAUUCUACAGAUUCACUCACUGUACUUUACAACAAAUUAUGUCAGGAGGCUAUAAAAUUUGCAAAAGAGGGAUCAGUCACAGAAGAAAUUUACCAUGUGGCGAUGUCUGCCUUGAAGGAGGCGGCAGAGAAGGUUGCUCAAGUCAAAAGUUGUCAUCCAAUAAUGCCGCACCGUGGAGUUUCUGGUAGUGAAAGUAAACAUAAGGUCGUACAGAUGAAAACUAUGAGUGCUUCGCAAUGUUCAGAUGUGGCCAAACAGAAAACAAUACCUUCGCAGCUCACGAUGUUUCAAGAGUCUACCUCCAAACUAAUGUUCAUUCCUACCAACCUGUUGACUGAUUCAGGCUUAGCUAAUUCUGAUAACAAUCAUCCUUCAUCAUGUGCUUUCACCUCAAGUGGGAGACAAGGCAGGCAUGGAUCAGAAUGUUCUUAUUUGCAUGCUGAGAACAGAAAGGAGGGCUGUCCUGAGAAAUAUCAGAAUAGCACUUCGAGUCGGGCAACACAGGGAAAUCAUUCAACCUACCAUGGACAUUCUGAAGAAACUACAGUUGCUAUUCCUGCUAUACCUCUGACGCUAUACAUGCCUUUGUCGAGGAAUUCACCUGGAGCUUCUGCUGAUGGACAGUACAAAUUGUUGGCAGCACCUAUCGAAGCAGUUCCAAUUUCAUACCGCCCUGCAGAACCCAUUAGACAACCAAAAAGAAGUUUUUGUAAUUUAGGUCCAUUGCCAGGUGUUAUGUCUGAACUGACCAGGCGAGAAAAAGGUCCACACCCUCUUGUGCAUGCUACAGCUCUUGCUUGUGGUGCUCGUGUUGUUCCUGUUGAGGAAGCAGCUUCGCUGAUCAAGGCCAUCGAGUCCAAGAUCAGAUCUGGAGGGGCCAAAAUAGCAAGAUUACCUUCAAGCAGGCUGACACGUCUAGUUCCUGAGGCGGUCUCCAUGUCAUCGUCUAGUGAAGAUGGUGAGGAGAAUGACCACAGUGAGCCACCGGCGGUGAAUGUCGAAGGCUACUGCCAUGAUGAUCAGAUAUCUGAGGAAAUGAAGUUGCAAGGUGAGGCAUCAGAGUUGGAAACUGAUUCUGAGAAUUGUUCUGGGCAUGAAAACCAUGAUACUGCUGAUUGCUGACAGAUGAUUGCUGAAGGAUGAAAGUUGUCUGAAGAUGUAAUUUUCUGAACCAUAAAGCUGUAUGAAGAUCGAAGCUACCCUGCAAGCUAGUAAAUUUAUACUAUAGUUUAGAACAUUUGUGUAUAAUUGGAUUUAGGAUUCUAACCACUUGUCUUAUGUCGAUUAUAGACUGUAAUUGGGUUAACUCAAAUAGUUAACUCCAUUGAAGGGUUUUGUAAAAAAGAGAACCGCCCUUGCAGUGUUGGUGGAUAAUCUGUACAUGAACUACUUUUACGGAAAGCAAAGAUAAAGGCAUUCAUACUUCAACUGA